AUGAACUCACCGGAUCGCGCGAAGAAGAAGUCCCCCGCCCCCGCCAUCGCCGUUGCCGCCUCCUCCAACCUCUGGAAGAAGGCCCUGCUCCACUUCUCCCUCUGCUUCGCCACCGGCUUCUUCUCCGGCCUCGCCCCUUUCUCCUCUUCCUCCUCCUCCCAAUCCCUCCUCCGCUACUUGGCCCACAACUCCACCCACAAUUCCCCCCAGUUUCCCCAAUCCCCAAUCCAAACCCCCAAAUUCCCCCAACACGAUCGAACCCUAACCGAGGAGGCCAACGCCUACGUCGACGCAGAUCCCCCGAAGCCCCUCUCACCUCCUACUCCUCCUCGGCCCCUCCUCAUCAUCGUCACCGCCGCCUCCGCCUCCGCCUCCGCCGUCCGAUCCGCGGCGGCGCUGACGCGAUUAGGGCACACCUUGAGAUUGGUGCCGCCGCCGCUGCUGUGGAUCGUGGCGGGGCCGCGGGACGGCGCGGCGGCGGCGGCGGCGGCGGUGCGGCGAAUGGGGGUGAUGCAGCGGCACGUGGCGGUGGAGGCGGGGGAAGGGGGGAAGGGGAGCGCUGCGGAGCGGGAGCGCGCCGCCGCGGUGGCGCACGUCGGGCGCCACCGCCUCGACGGGGUCGUCCACUUCGCCGACCCCGCCAACGUCUACGACCUCCGCUUCUUCGACGAGCUUCGCCGGAUCCAAGUUUUUGGCACUUGGCCGGCGGCAAUGGUGGCAGGAAGUAGGCGGAGGGUGGUGGUGGAAGGACCAAUCUGUCGAUCAUCGGAGGUGGUCGGAUGGUUCUCGAAGGAUGUAAGUAGCGGAAUGACGAAUAUCACAAAAGGUUCAAAGCCUCUCAAGAUUAACAUCUCAGAUUUCGCAUUCAACAGCUCGAUAUUGUGGGAUCAGGAGAGAUGGGGCCGCCCAAACUCUCAGCCGGAUGUGUUGCAGGAUUCAAUAAUGUCCGUCCAAAAGAUGAUCACGGAAGAUGAUGUUAAGUUGAAGGGGAUUCCUCUUGGUUGCUCCCAAAUCAUGCUGUGGAACCUCAACAUCCCAAGAACCCAAAUUAGGAAUAGAAGCAAAGGAUAA